CAUCAACCUUUAAUGGAAUGCUCUCCCCUUGUAAAGUUCAGGGUUGCACAUGUUUGUGUUUGAGAAUGAACUAUAAACAAGUUUCGCUAUAACUGCUGUCGUUUUAAACCUACAUCUCAAGGCUAAGAAAGUCAUGUUGCGGAUUGGUCGGAUUCUGAACUGUGUCUUGGAAAGGCAAGGUGAUACUUCACUGGUGCGAAUAAUACCAUGUUGCCUCCAGAAACGAAAUUUGAGUCAAAAGAAAAAAAUUGGUCAAUUAAGACAGGAGAAGGCGAGAGAGUUCCUGGACAACAUGGACACAGCGAUGGUUGAAAAAAAAGCACGGAUGGAGAGAUGGAUUGAAGAAAUGAGGCAUCUUAACUAUAAUGUACCAAAGGUUAUCAGUGAAUAUGACUGGAAGAUGAUUCUCAUACAGGCAGAUUCUCGAUCACACCUUGAGAAAUUCUGCAAAUACUUGUUCCUCCGAGAGUGCUCCAAAGAAAAUGAUGAAGUGAAAAGGGAGAAAUUACAAAAAGAAAGGGAGGAGAAGCUGCAGGAACUUGUUGGUAGCUAUCACAAGUUUAGUAUUCCAUACUGGAAACGUGAUGCGAAUACAGAAAUGUGGGCCCGUCUACGUGGCAUGCGGUAUGGGGACCCAAUCAUCAUGGAUAUGGGCUUUCCAGACUUGAAGAUUCGUGAAAUGAGAGAGGCAUUUGUCCAAUUUAAUGAAGUUAUUGCUGAAAAUAAAAGUCACCCGCAGCCAUUUCAUUUACAUGUCACAAGCGUUAGAGACAACAGAGUAUUUUCAGAGAUUUUGGAUUCGAUCGAUUGUCAAGGUACAAUGGUCAAUUUUCAUGAAAAGCCAUUUUGGGAAAUCUUUCCAAAGGAAGAUUUGGUGUACUUGACACCUGAUGGUCCGAAAUUACAAGGUGUUAAUAGGAAUGAUAUAUUUGUGAUUGGUGGUAUUGUAGACCUGCAUGAUACUUACCCAAGAACUUUCAUACGAGCCAAGGAGCUGGGAAUUAGAAUGGGUUCCAUUCCAAUCCACGAUUACCGUUUGCUGGUAAACUCUCCAAAGCUCCGUCUUCCACUUCCACACAUCUUUGGCAUCAUGCAGGAUUACUGCCUUAACCACGAUUGGGAACUUGCCUUCAGCAAAUAUCUAUCACCAAACAAAUUCCUGCCAAAGAAUGAAGAGGGGCUUAGAAAAAAGAUUGAGAUGAUGAAAUCCUCGAAGUAUCAGCAGGGCAGGUCUGUACGCGAGUACGAGCGGGAACUGAUGGAGUUGACAGUUCGCAAAAGUGUGCGUGGCAAGUCUAUGGCUCCAAGUGUGGACACUAAAUAUUCCAAAGGUAAAUCUGAUUGGUCCAAUGAUGUGCGUCUUUCUGGUAGAUCAGCUGAUCAUACAUUUGGAUACAAGAGAGAAAACGAAUCUGCAAGUUUUUCUGAUAAGUCUGAUAACAGGUUAAGUUCAGGAAAGUUUGUUAGAAAUGGUCAAAAGUUUGGUGACAGGAGGCAUUUUGAUGAGUUUUGUGGCAUUGAAAAUGCAAGCAAUGGAUUAGAUCAAAUGACUCGAAAUGAGUUCAGUAAAAAGAAAAGACUUCAGUUCCAUGAGUCUCUAGGUAAUUACCAAAAAGAAAUUACCAGAGAUGAGGUGGUUAGUGUAGAUGCAAAAGAUUCUUCUAGUAAAUCUUAUAAGUCAAAUGACAGUGAUCAUGCCAGGAAACUGUAUGGUCACGUGAGAGAAUUUGAUCUUGAAGAGAGUAUUGGUAAGAAUAUUGGCAGUGAAAGUGUGAGAAACGUGUAUGUCAGUGAAGAUGAACAAAAUUCAGCAAAUCAUUCAGACAUGUCUGAUGACAACGAUUCAAAUAAAUUGUCCAACAAGUUAAAUCAGGCUAUUGAGGAGAGAGGAUUUGAUAUGAACGAGUUUCUUGGUCAGAAAGGGCUCAAAGAAAUUUCAAGAGAAGGUCUAAUGACUGCAGAUUUGAAAUAUUCUGCACGUAAUAAUAGAAAAUCAGAUGACAGCUUUGAUUCGAGUCUAUUAUCUAGCUUUGGAAAUGCGUCAGGUGAACAACAAAAAGGGGAAUUCCAUUCUGACGAGUUUGAGGGAUUGUCUGAAAGUAGAAAGAAGUUUGAGAACCAAAUGGAAAAAGACUCAGUUAGCAAAUCAGAAGAUAUCGGCGACAGUCUUGGUUCAGGUCAAUCAUUUGGGAGCGAUGAGUAUGAUGGAAAGAUGAAAUUGAGUGAACAGUUUCUAAAAAGGGCAAGAGCCAAGAAUUCCGGAAAGUUCCAACAAUUGCAAGAAAAUGAUAGGAAACAAAGCAAGCAAGAGUGGAUGGAAGAGAUGAAGAACUUGAAGUGGUGAAAACAUGAUGUCCCUACAAUGUUGUAGCAGUGUUAGUGUAUAACCAUAAAAUGUAAUUGUACAUGACUUGACAACUCACAGAUAAGGUACAAUUUUAGGAAUGAAAAGUUUUAAAUUGACGAAAGAUAGGUAACACUUUGCUAGAAAAGAAAACUUGAUAAAAUGUGUGGCUUUAUUUAACUUAAAACUUAACUAAAAUAAUAAAGAAACCGUUUGAAGUCCUGCUUAAUGUUUCAGCUGUAUAGAAAGGUUGUCACAAAGUUUUCAUACAGUGGUUUUAUAAAAGCAAACAAAUUCGAAGUUAUCUUGUUGUAUUUAAUGAGAGCAUGUUUAUGAUAAACAAAUAAAAAAAUGCAUUAUAUA